UGGCAAGGACCAUAAACAAAGACGAUCAACCAUCGACAAAUUUGCAGAUCAUCAUCACCAAAGCCUCAACUUCAACACAGUGAGUGUGUCAUUUUGUGUCUCAAACGUGGCAAUGUCUGGCGCCCCAGUGUCCGCCCUCUGUCUGCUGUUCCUGCUAUCUGUGUGCACUGCCUGCUACAUCUCCAACUGCCCCAUAGGAGGCAAGAGAUCAGCACUAGACUUCCCAUCCAGAAAGUGCAUGUCGUGUGGCCCCGGGGACAGGGGCCGCUGCUUUGGCCCCAGUAUCUGCUGUGGGGAGGGGAUGGGCUGCUACGUGGGCUCCCCAGAGGCAGCUGGUUGUGUGGAGGAGAACUACCUGCCCUCUCCCUGUGAGGCCGGAGGAAGAUUGUGUGGCUCUGAAGAGCGACGUUGUGCUGCGCCAGGGAUUUGCUGUGACGUGGAGGGUUGUAGUAUUGACCAAUCCUGUUUUGAGGACGAAGCUGCCGAAUACAUAAGCCAAUCAGAGAGCAGUAGCCAUGACAACGAUCUGCUGAUGAAGCUACUGCACAUGAUUAGCCACACCCCUCCCCACAGAGUCCACCAAUAAAACAGCCUCUAGGGGUUUUCAGGGACAGUCCUGAGUUGAAGGACAGUGUAAAGAAAUCUGUAACAUCUUUCAAUGUCAGAGGCAUACCUGCAGUAUGUACAUACAUUUUCUAUAGCAGAUAGAUAUAGACGUAAAAUCUGAGUUUUUGCUUGUAACUGCUUGUGUAAUGGCUUGUGCUCUGAGACAAAUAAA